CAUAAUUCAUGCUUCAAGAGAAUAAAAAUGCCCUCCUACUUUCCCUUUGCUUUUCACAUCCUAUAAAACUCCCAUUUUUUUGCUAGGUUUCACAUUUCAUAUCCUAUAAAACUUCUUCUCUCUACAAAGUUAUUGAAUCAAAUUCAACUUGAGAUUUCUUCUUCUUCUUCUUCUUCAAUUUUUGCAACAAUGGAAGGCCUUGUUACAUAUGAGAAUGACGAUCACAACCUUAAGGCAACUGAGCUGAGAUUGGGCUUACCGGGCAUUGAUGAAGCUGAUGAUGAUCAUGAACAAGCUGUUUCAACAGCUAGAACCAGCAAGCGUUCAUCGCCGGACACCGCCGAUGACUGUGUCACCGAAAGCAAAUCCGAUGAAGCUGCCCCAGUUUCCAAAGCGCAAAUAGUAGGUUGGCCACCAAUCCGAUCCUACCGAAAGAACACUUUACAGCCGAAGAAGACUGAGGUUGAGGCUCCUGGGAUUUACGUGAAAGUGAGCAUGGAUGGAGCACCAUAUCUAAGAAAGAUUGACCUCAAGGUUUACAAGGGAUACCCUGAACUGUUAAAGGCUCUAGAAAACAUGUUCAACUUCACCAUAGGUGAGUACUCUGAGAGAGAAGGCUUUAAAGGCUCUGAAUAUGCACCUACCUAUGAGGACAAAGAUGGUGACUGGAUGCUUGUUGGAGAUGUUCCAUGGGAUAUGUUCAUGUCGUCUUGCAAAAGGCUGAGAAUCAUGAAAGGGUCAGAAGCAAGAGGUUUAGGUUGUGGGGUUUAAAAGCCACAGCAACAUCAAAACCAGAAGAACAGGAGGAUUUUUUUUAACAGAGAUUUGUUUCUCAUGACGGCGAAGAAAUCCUUCAGCUUGGGUUGUCGAAGAUGAUGAAUUUCUUAUCGGGUUUUCCGAUUACCUUAUGGAUGUUUUCUCAGGAUUUGGACUGGGAAUUUAGAGGCAAAAUCAUAGGAAAGUUACAGCUUUUUCCCUCAAGUUUGGCAGCAAGAUAGUUCAUGCAUGUGUAUCGUCAUUCGUGUUGUUCGACGGAGCCCAUCAAACAGAGACUCCAUUGAUGAAACUGUUGCUCCAUGGGAUGCAACUGUGUAAAUUUUCUUUUCCAGAAAAAAAAAAAAAAAGAAGGAAAGUAGAAGGAGAAGAUGCUUGUCAAGUUUGGGUUGUAUUUUUAUAUAAAUACAGAAAUAUUUUCUUUAAUUAA